AUUUUUUAUAGCAAACUCUGCUGCAUUUAAUAGAGUAAGUAGAUACCGGUAUACUGUAUCAGUAUUUGGACAGCAGGAGUGAGAGCUAGAGAUGCAGUGCAUUGUUAAAUUACUGGCUGUUUUGUUUGUCAGCAGUGGAGUGGCUGUAGCUGACAGCUCUGCAGCAGUGCCUUCAAGCAAUAUCAGCAAUAUCACCGACUGUAUCGAUAGCAGCGACUACCUAAGGAUUGAGAGCUCCCUUCUGAACAGGCCGCAAAACUUGGUGAAUUUAUAUCAAGCUUUUUUCCCUACUAAUAAGCAAGCAAGUAUUUCAGUUCAAGUCACCUACCACUUCACUAACUCUAACAAUACAGUGAUCUAUCGAUGGCUUGACUCAUCUGUCUUGAUGCUGAUUCGUAGUGACUUACUACAUUAUCUCUCACUGUUCACAUACAAUGUCAAGACAAGUUGCACAAAUAUCACUCUGGACCCAAUUUGUGGCUUUUCAAGUGAUGACAAUGUAACUACCCCUUAUCCAAGUGACUAUUGCAAACUGAUUAACAGCACUGGUCAUCAUCUACUCAACAAUCUGACGGUUAAUCUUUUAUCUUAUGCUGUGCAUCGUAAUACAGCAAUAACAAACGGCAUUGAUUCGACAAUUGAAAGUGGAUACUCCGUUUACGUUUUUAAUAGCAACCCCAGUGACUAUUGUAUAUUUGAUGAAGUUUCCAGCUUUUUGCUUUUGAGGAGACUGCUGUGCAUUGCCUUUGUAUUGUUGGAGAUAUCGAGUGUGUUUUCCAUUCCUUUGCUAUUGGCUAGUAUGUAUGACGAGUUUAAAGAGAAAAUGAGUAGUACUGAUAACAAUGGCAAAGAAAAAAAACUUAGAUACUUUGUUUGGGCAACUCUUAUAUUGAUUGUGCCGAUCAUUCUAUUGCUCUUUUGCUGUAAUGGGUAUGCGAUUUACAAUGGCUUGAGGACACCACCAACAAAUUUUAACGACAUAAUUGCAGCCUUUGUAGUGAUGGCUGUUGCUAUGGUUGUUUUUCCUGUGGUAGACACACUAGCUGCGAUCUAUGUUGUGAUUCGUUUCCACUUUAUUACCGGACCCCAGCAUGAGAUAAACUGUUUUGGCUUUCCAAAUUUUGCGAAUACUGAAGGUAAAUGCAUACGUCUAAAGAACGUCAUUCAUGUUGGUACCAUUGUUGCUGUAACGUGGUUCACUCAACUUGCACUGUUCAAUUGUAUUUAUGUGUUCAUUGGAGUAAUAGCAGCUCCCGUGGAAACCGGCUCACUUCUUCUCUUGUACAUUACAAGCCUCUUUGCACUGAUAUCAUUCUUUGCUGUGAUCCUUAAAGUUUUCCACAAAACACUACCGGCAGCAGCUCAACCAAGAGAAGCAGCUCAACUAAACAAUCGACAAGUACAAAUUACUUAUGCUCGUGGGUGUUUAUGUUUCACCUGCCUUGUACCUUAUGUUUUUUUGGUUUGUGUACUGGCCAUUGGUAUCGGUGUUUUUGUUACGUUCAUGUACGUCUAUAUAGUAUUGAACCAGGAGUACCGAAACAAUCGUGGCAUACUGACCUUUCUUGGGGCUCUCCUGCCCUCUCUCCUUGCGUCAGCCUCGGGGUUAUUUUGGACGCAGGUUAUGGGAUGCAUUGGAAACAAGAAUAAUACAGACACGAACUUUGAAGAAAGAAUAUGGAACAAAAUGGUGUCAAUAGAUAGACAUCUAUGCAGGAUUGCCGUGUCGACAAGAAACACUAGCUCAGGUACAAAAUGUAAUGGAGCAAAGGUACAAAACAAGACUGGCGGAGCGCAUGGAAAACAUCUCAUUAAUCCUACGGAAAAGAGAAAAACUGGUUCAGGUAGCAGAUCUACAAAAUAUGGUACAGCAACAAUACUAAAAAAAAAGACUGGCAGAGCAGAUGAACGAGUACUUGUUCAUCAUACGGACUCAUAGUUAUUGAUACUAUUAUGAUAGUUACUGCUGAUUAACUGCAACCCUCCUCCCUCUGUUUCUUUCAGUUUAUAUAUGCCCAUAUUCUUAUUGUGUGCAUGUAAUUUUGUCUUUCCAAAUUACGAAGUUGACCAAUAA